CUCGCCCACCACUCCCACAGGACGGCUUUCAACAACAACAUCAGCAUGGCUUAUGAGUGCCUGGGCGCCAGCGGCAGGAGGAAGAAGCCCGGGGUCAACGGGAGGAUCUACAGCGAGCUGCUCAGGAGGAUCUGCCAAGACAGCGAGGCCCCUCAAGAGGUCACUUCUCCUCUGCUGCAGAGGAUCCAGUGCCGGGACCACGAGGCGGUGCCGUUCGACGUCUUCCGCUACGGGGUGCUCACCUGCUUCGUGCUGCUUGAGUUCGUGGCCAAGGCGGACACGCUGUACGAUGUGCUGGACGAUGGCUCUGGCGUCGCAGACAAGAGGGUCUGCCAGGCCGUGCUGGGCACCCUGGAAGAGGCCCUUGGAGCCAGCGACUUCUCUGUGCCCAUCCGGUACUUGGAGGCUGGCUCCAAGCUGGGCCCGGACUGUUUGGCCGUGGCCAUGGACCGUGCGUUGCUGGAGAGGAAGCUCAGCACCUCCAUGAAGAGGGAGGAGUUUCUCAAGAAAGCCGCGGUCCUGUUCAUCGCAAAAGUGAAACCUGUUGAUUGAUCUCCCUGGGAAGAAGCCCCGCUACCCCCUGCCCUUCCCUUCCCGCACUCUCAAUGCUGUUUUAGGGAAAUAAUUUAUUCUUAGUUGAGCUGCAAAUCCUAGGACUGGAGAUCUCCCAUCGAGGCCGCAGAGAGAGCCAAAGGGACUGAGCAGGUUCUGCUCUUUGCCUGGAGAGCCCUAGAUCCACUGGACUUUCAUUUCCCUCUUGCCUCCUCAUUAUCCCAAGCACCAGAAAUGCCACAUAUGCCCCGAGCCUCCUGUUUUUUACAGUGUUUGAUUUCAGCUCGCCUCCGGUUUCCUGUCGACUACCCCUACUCCCCGCCUGCCUUCCGCUUCCUCACCAAGAUGUGGCACCCAAACA